AUGGAGGAAAGAACUCAAAAAGCACACAUCAAAAAGAAGGCUGGAAAGAAGGUCGAACGCAAAAAGGAAAACAAGUUUAGCAAUGCUAAAAAAUCCAGCAAUCCCAAGGCUUUCACCUUUCAAAGUGCUGGAAGAGCCGAGAAAAAUGUCAGAAGAAACAAUGAUCUCGGUGAAAAGAAGCUUCAUGUGCCUAUGGUAGAUCGUACACCCAUUGAAUCACCUCCUGUGGUUAUCGCAGUAGUGGGUCCUCCUGGUACUGGUAAAUCAACCCUCAUCCGCUCUUUAGUCAAGCGUUAUACCAAGCACAACUUGAAUGAAAUCAAGGGUCCUAUCACCGUUGUCAGUGGCAAGAAGAGACGCUUGACAUUUAUGGAAUGUAACAACGACAUGAACUCCAUGAUUGAUGUAGCCAAGGUCGCUGAUCUUGUCUUGCUGAUGAUUGAUGCUAGUUUUGGUUUUGAAAUGGAAACAUUCGAAUUUUUGAACAUUUUGCAAUCCCAUGGUUUCCCCAAGGUGAUGGGUGUCCUCACUCAUUUGGACAAGUUUCGCAACAACAAGACACUCAAAACCACCAAGAAGCGCUUGAAGAACCGUUUCUGGACUGAAAUCUAUCAAGGAGCCAAGUUGUUUUAUCUCUCUGGUAUUAUCAAUGGCAGAUAUCCCAACAUGGAGAUCCAGAACUUGUCCCGUUUUAUCUCUGUCAUGAAGUUCAGACCUCUUCUUUGGCGUAACACACAUCCUUACGUAGUAGCAGAUCGCAUUGAGGACCUGACAGAUCCUGAAUUAUUGCACCGCAAACCCAACUGCGAUCGUACUGUCACUCUGUAUGGUUACUUGCGUGGUACCAAUCUCAAGCCCAACAUGCGUGUGCACAUUCCUGGUGCUGGUGAUCAUUAUUUAGCCGAUGUCUCUGUCUUGCCCGAUCCUUGCCCAUUGCCUGACAAGGAACGUAAGCGCCUGGAUGAAAAAAACAAGCUGAUCUAUGCUCCCAUGUCUGAUGUCGGUGGUGUCAUGUACGAUAAGGAUGCUGUUUACAUUAAUGUGCCUGGACAUUUCACAAAGAAGUCUGCUUAUGCUCCCUCCGAGAUUCAACAAAACCAAGACAGCACAGAGCAACCUGUUGAAGAGGAAGAUGAAGAGAUGAUCCCUCGCGGCACUGGUGAGAAGCUCGUUAUGAACUUGCAAGACGCUCAAGAUACGUUGGCUUCUCAGCUGGAAGACUCUGAAUUGCGCAUUUUCUCUGGCUCUGCUCCUGUCAGAGCUGCUGACGUCAAGGAAUCAUUGGAAGAAGAUGCCAGUGGCAGAACUCGUAGACGUGCUGUUUUUGGCAACGAGGAAGAUGACGAUGAGGAUAUGGAAGAUGACGAUGACGACGACGACGACGAGGACGAUGAUGCUCUUAUGGAUGAAGGAGAAGAUGACGACGAUGAUGAAGACGCACCUCGCCGUGGUAAAGCAUUAAGCAAGUUCGACACUAGAAAUAUCCCCAAGAAGGGCGAGAAGGACGACAAGAAUGAGGAUGGACAAGAGCCUGACUUUGAGUUUGCUGACAGUGACAGUGACUUGGGCGGCGAUGAUGACGAGGAUGAGGAUAUGGUCAUGGUGGAUGGCCGUAGAAAGAGAACCUCUGAUGAUGAAGACGACGAGGGCCUUGCUGGUGAGCUUCGUUGGAAGGCCAAUCUUCAGCAAAAAGCCAGCGAAAUGUUCUCCAACCACAGACGCACCAAUUUGAUGUCUUUGAUCUAUAACAACCUCGAUCUGACGCCUGAAGAUAUCCUCAAUGGCAACUAUGGCGAUGAAUCUAAGCAACAAGAUGGAAGCGACGCAGAGGAUGCUGAAGAAGAAGAAUUCUUCAAAUUGAACAGAGAAGACACAAACACCGCAGAGAUCAUUGAUAGUAGUCGUGACCCCAUUGAUCCUGAAGAAUUGGAAGAGUGGGAUGAUGAGGAUACCUUGGAUUCCAUCAGAAACCGUUUCAUUACUGGUGACAUCAAUGCUGGCAAUGGUGAAAGUGCAUUUGCUCCUGAAGAAGACGAAGAGGGCGAUUUUGAAGAUCUCGAAGCUGAAGAGGGUGAGGGUGACGACGAAGAAGGUGGAAAGAGCAAGAAGAGAGACAAAGAAGCCAUGAUUCGUGACCCCAUGAUGGUUGAGCGUGAAAAGAUUGCCAAGCGCAAGGAGGAACUUCGCAAGAAAUACACUGAAGAGUUUGGCGAUGAGGAAGAUGGACCCAAGAUGGACUUUUACGAAAAGAAGAAGGCAGAAAUUGAGCAACAGUUGGAGACCAACCGUCUUGAAUUCGAAAACGAUGAUCCUCAAACCAGAGCCAUGGUGGAAGGUUAUCGUCCUGGUAGCUACGUGCGUCUUUUGAUCAAGGAAAUGCCCUGUGAGUUUGUCGAGAACUUUGAUCCUACGUACCCUGUGCUUGUGGGUGGUCUGUUGACGACGGAAGAUCAGUUUGGCUGGGUCCAAGUCAGAAUCAAGCGCCAUCGUUGGCAUCCAAAGAUCCUCAAGACCAAUGAUCCUCUCAUCUUCUCAAUGGGUUGGAGACGUUUCCAGAGUAUUCCCAUCUAUUCCCUCAAUGACGGUACUCGUAACCGUAUGCUGAAAUAUACGCCUGAACAUAUGCAUUGUUUGGCCACAUUCUAUGGUCCUGUACAUACUCCCAAUACUGGUUUCUGCGCUGUGCAAAACGUGGCUGAUAGCAAAGCUGCAUCUUUCCGUAUCAGUGCUACCGGCGUUGUUGUAGAUAUUAGUCAAUCUGCUGAGAUUGUCAAAAAGUUAAAGCUGACAGGUCAUCCUACUAAAGUGUACAGAAAUACAGCAUUCAUCAAAGACAUGUUUACUUCUUCGUUGGAAGUUGCUAAAUUUGAAGGUGCCAAUAUUCGUACCGUCUCUGGUAUCCGUGGUCAAGUCAAGAAAGCAUUGCCCAAGCCUGAGGGUCAUUUCCGUGCUACAUUUGAAGACAAAGUGUUGAUGAGUGAUAUUGUGUUCUUGAGAGCCUGGUACCCUAUCAAACCUCGUAAAUUCUAUAACCCUGUUACAUCUCUGCUAUUAUCCUCCAAGCAGCAAUGGCAAGGUAUGCGUACAACAGGUCAAGUCAGAAAGGAAUUGAGUUUACAUGCUCCGCAAAAGGUGGAUUCGAUCUACAAGCCUAUCGAAAGAAAAGAGCGUCGAUUCAACGCAUUGAAGGUGCCUAAAUCACUCCAAGCUGAAUUACCAUUUGCCAACAAACCCAAACAAGCAACCAAGAGCAAAAAGCAAUCCUACUUGAGCAAGCGAGCUGUUGUUCUUGAGCCAGAAGAAAAGAAGAUUGUGACAUUAAUGCAACAGUUAAAUACACUGCGUAACGAAAAGGACCGCAAGCGUAAGAUCAAGGAUACAGAGCGUCGCGAAACGCUUGAAAAGAAGAGGGCCAAGAUUGCUGAAACCACAGAAAUCAAGACCAAGGAGCGUCGUAAGGCUUACUUCCGUAAAGAACAAGAAAAAACCACGAGAGCAGCUAAUUCUACUCGCUAA